UGUUGCUGAGUUUCUCCAAACUUUAGUACGCCGAAGUGCGAUAAGUAUGCCUCCUAAAAAAGAUGGAAAACAAAAUGCCGACAAGACAGCGACUCUUGCAGAGAAAAGCGCUCCGGAUGAUGCCUUACCCGAGGGCGGUAAAGAAUUCUACCGGGCUCAAAUACGAGACUUAGAGGAGCGACUGGAAAAGUAUCAGCACAAAUGUGAUGAACUAGAGGUUCGUCAGAAGGACUUUUCUACUAAUUAUAAUAAUGUAGUGAGAGAAAAGAAGGACAUAGUGCUCUAUCUAAAGCGCACAUUGGCCCAAAAAGAAGAUGAUCUGGCUGAUGUCUUGGAGAAGCUUCAGGAGCUACAGGCAGCCAAGGAUGCAGAGAAGGAGUCGUUUGACAGGCAGCUGGGAAUGCUUCGCAGUGAGUUCCAAGAGACCAAGGACAGACUCACUUCCGAGAACAUGGUCCUAGCUGGAAAACUUGCAUCUCUUGAGGAUUUCCAAGUGCAAAAGGAUGAACUUUUGGUUCAGAUAGAGACUCUGAAGGAACAAUUAGAAAAGCAGAAGCACGAGCAUCAAAGUGUCAUCUACAAUCUGGAGAAAAAAGCUGUACUGGACAACCACAGACUAAAAAAAGAGAUGCAGGAGCACAUAGCUGCCGUCGCCACUGAAUUUCGCAGAGUCUCUGAUAAACAGAUGCCCGAGACAACAAAGAGAGCCAUCCAGGAGAAUAUGUUAGUGACAAACCAACUCAGGCAGAUUUCAGACAGGACGAAAGAGCUGAUGGCAGAGAAUGAUGGUCUCAAUGCCAGGGAGAAAGAACUGAAAAGAGAACUAGAGAUCAUGGAGCCAAUAUUAAAAGAGAUGACCAGGAAAAGUCUUGCUAAUCAAAAGGUUGUGCAGCAACUGACGGAGAAGUGCAAGCAAAUGCAAGCCGAACUUGAAGGCUAUGGGAGACUUAAACAAGAACACCAAAAAUUAGAAAAAAAUCACUCCAUGUUAAAGAAGGAGUAUGAUGCCCUCAGACAGGAACAUGAAUCAUCUUUGGAUGAUCUCACUCACAAACAAGCGGAGGCUGCAAGACUGAAAACAGAGCUUCAGGAGGAGAGGAUACAGCGAAGACAGGUUGAGGCAGUACUCCAAGAGGCAGCUGUGGCUUUAAAGAAAACAUUAAGGGAGGCGGCUAAAGUAGAUGACUCAGAAGUGCAGACCCUGACCUGGAGAAAUCAGAUGAUACAGAAGCUGAUGGCCAUAUUGGACAGUGCUGCAGCCAUCACCAAAGGCCCUGCCUUAUCGCACUUUAUCCCUACGACAGAAAACUCUCAAGAAUGUAAAAAAACAGCUGGCAUACAGAGUUCAGGUAUGCCUGCCUCAGAGAAGGCUACAGCUCACACCAUGGCUGGAGACCUGGGGUUUGUCCUACAGCAAACACACACAGGCAAAUCAGUUAUAUCCAAGAAACAGCAGCUCUCUAAAAGUAUUCAAAGGAAACAUAAAAGCCAAAAAGGGAACAAUACCUCAAAAGUCCUUAGUUGAGAGGGACAUUCUUCCCCUGGAGCCUAAAUCUGUCAGAGGAAGUCAUGCAACAUUUUAAACCAAAACACACCCUGAUCCACAACGGCAUCUAUUUUUUGAUGUGUGAGGAAGGUAUUAGGAGGAAAAACACAGACACUCUCUGUACAGACUGAUCAAUCAUGCAAUUUGUAAAAUUUCUACCUCUAAAUUUCUACCAUGUUUAUAAUUUGAAAUUGUUCUGACCGAUUAAAAAUGGACACUAGA